AUAACUAUCUCAGUAUUAUCUCUAAUUGAUUUGAUUACUUUAAACCUCAGACAACGUUUUCGUAUAAAUACGAGUAACAUCUUCAAUAGUAAGUUUGGAGUCAGAAGGAGUCACAAUGAGAGUUUUUGUUGCACUGUUGGCCUGCUUAGCUGCUGUUGCAGCGGUACCUAUAUCCCCGCAGCGGAUCAUAGGUGGUACGGCUACUACCAUCAACAACUAUCCUUCGAUAGUGGCUCUGCUUUACGCAGCUAGCAACAAUGAUUUCAGGCAGUCUUGCGGCGGUACCAUCCUCAAUAACAGAUCCAUUCUGACUGCUGCUCACUGCCCAUUCCGUGACACCAUAUGGAGGUGGCGUGUCCGAAUUGGUUCUUCCUUCGCACACAGAGAAGGCAAUACUUUGGGUUUCGCCGCGUUCAUAUUCAAUCCUAACUUCAAUGCCAACACCUUGGAUGCUGACAUCGCUAUCAUGCAAACGUCAACAAACAUUCAGUUCAGCAACGUCGUCCAGCCUGGAUCCAUUGCUGGUUCCAACUAUAACUUAGCUGACAACCAAGUCGUUUGGGCUGCAGGAUGGGGUGUCACUACUCCUCACGGUUGGAGUGGCGCUGAGCAGCUUCGUCACGUUCAGAUCUACACCAUUAACCAAGCCAUUUGCCGUCAACGCUAUGCCGCUGCCAGUCGCACCAUCACUGACAACAUGUUGUGUUCUGGCAUCCUCGACGUCGGUGGCCGUGACCAGUGCGCCGGUGACUCUGGCGGUCCCCUCUACCACAAUAAUGUCGUUGUUGGAGUCUGCUCCUUCGGCAUCGGUUGCGCCCAUCCCCUUUACCCUGGCGUUAAUGUUCGUGUUUCUCGUUUCACCUCUUGGAUCCAAGCUAACGCUUAAAUCUGACUGAUUGAAAUAAAUAGCUUUUUUAAUAGUAAAUAA